CUUUCCUCUCUUUCCGCCCUUUCCGCCCUUUCCGCCCUCUCCUUCCUUCCCUCUCCUCCCUCCCUCUUCUGUCUCCCCCUCCCUUCCCAAUGGAUGCCUUCCCCCACUCCCACCCCCCUCCGGGUUUUGGUUCCUCGGCGGGGGCCUGCGCGUGUGGGGGAGGAUCGAUGUCCAGUUUCCCAUCCACUCAUCCCCCCUCCCCCUUCUCUGACUGAAGUCAUUCAUCAUGACUACGCUGGCUGUUGGCGUUUCCCUCUUGGUUCUCUCGGUCAUCGGAACAUCGGGGCUGCUGCGCACCGGGCGACGGGUUUGGCGCUACUUUGUGCCACUCUCCGGACGGCACCCUGGUGAUCCUGGCGCUACCCCUCGAACUGGCGCGACGACUCCCGAUCCCGCGGUGCCUGCCGACUCGACGACGCAUUCGACUACGUCGCCUCUUCACUGGGCUGCCUCGCGUGUGCCGCAGUCCCUGGCGGACCUUGUAUCUCCGGAGUUCCCGGGCGACGUGGGCCUGCCUGACUUGGAUGCAUUGCGUGCGCAUGCGGCCAGUUCUGGCGCUCCGGGCGACAUCGGGGGACCAGACGAGCAGUUGCUUCACCUGCAGCGGGAAAACGCCUCGCUGGUCGAGACUCUGCGUGAUUACCAUGCGACCGUUGGGCGACUGAUGAACAAGCACAAGACGCUGGCCGCCAGUGUUCAGUCAGAUCGGCAAGGGCUGCUGGCCAAGAUCGAUCAUCUUGCAGCCGAGAACCAGGGUCUUCGCGAGCAGGUGGACCAGCUCCAGCAGGUUGGGCUCCGAUUGACGGACCGGUUGGACCGCGCACAUGCGAUCAUCCGCAAUGCGGCGGCCCUGCAAUCCGAGGACGAAAGCGCUGUCAACCGGGAGAUGGCCGCCCUACGCCGGGAGAACGAGAGCCUCCGGGUAUUGAUCGGCAUUUCGGAAGCCUCGCUGGAUCGCAUCUCCUCGGGGUCGUCAUUGCCCGGCGAGGCGGAGGCAGUCUCCUCGUCUGCCGGUGCACUGAACGCCUGAGCGCGAGGAUUGGCAUCUGCGCCCUUCUGGAGAGAAUACACGCCUGUUUGCAUACA